AUGGGCCCCCCCCCCCCCAUAUUGACCUGCAGUGACCUGCGGGGCAAUGCGUUGGUGUGUGACUGUAAGCUGAAGUGGUUGGUGGAGUGGCUGGAGCGGACCAACACGUCGGUGCCCACCGUGCAAUGCAGCGGCCCCGCAGCGUUCGAGGGGCAGGAGCUGCGGGAACUGCCCAUAGGGGACUUCCAGUGCGUCACCACGGACUUUGCAGUGCACCAGGUUCUCCCGUUCCAGGCGGUCUCAGCGGAGCCGUUCACGUACCGCAGUGACCUGUAUGUGGCGCUGGCUCAGCCCGGUGCCGGCAGCUGCGCGGUGCUCAAAUGGGAUUACGUGGAGCGACGCCUGCGGGACUUCCACCGCAUCCCCGCCCCCUCUGCAGUUCACUGCAAGCCCCUUGUGACGGGCUCUGAGCUGUUCCUGGUGGUGGCUCAGCUCUUUGGCGGUUCCUCCAUCCAACGCUGGGACGCGGCGUCCGAUCGCUUCGUCAAACUUCAAGACCUGGACCCUCAACGCACCCGCAAACCCAACGACGUGGAAACCUUCCGCAUCGACGGCCAGUGGUUCUUCGUCAUCGCCGACAGCUCCAAGGCCGGUUCCACCAGCCUCUAUCAGCUCGAUACCAAUGGUUUCUAUUGGCAGCAGGCUCUACACGCCUGGCACCGCGACACGGACGUGGAGUUCGUGGAGCUGGACGGCAAAUCGCGGCUCAUCGUGUCCAGCAGCUCCCAGCCCCCCGUGUUAUAUCAAUGGCAACGGGCCCAGCGGCGCUUCAGCCGGCAGGGAGACGUGGGUCGGACGUCGGACGUGCAGCAGGUGAAGCAUUUUAAGGCGGAUAAGGAGAAUUUCUUGUGUCUCGGCCGCUACAUCGGGGACUCCUUAGUGCUGCGCUGGGAAGGGCAGCGCUUCGUGGAGCUGCAGGCGCUGCCGUCCAGGGGCUCCAUGGUGCUGCAGCCUUUUGCAGUGGGGCAGCGGGUUUAUAUGGCGCUGGGCAGCGAUUUCUCCUUCAGCCACGUUUAUUUAUGGGACGGGGAGAGGAAAAGGUUCGUCAAGUUCCAGGAGCUGGCGGUGCAGGCGCCCAGGGCUUUUCAAUACGUCCCUGCGGCCGAUGUGCAGCUGCUGCUGGCGCCCAGCUUCAAAGCCAACAGCGUCGUGUACCGACACGUCGUGGUGGACCUCAGCCUCUAGAGCCCCCCCGGGACCCCCCUGUACCCCCCCCCAACCCUGCACCACCCCCCCCAUUUUGGAACUGGCCUCGAUUUCCCGUCCCUGCUUUCCCUUUUCAGACUGAGCUGACCCAAACCUUCACCCCCCCCAUGGUACCAUAGUGACCCCACUGCCCAUCUAUGGGGGGCUCUGGGGCUGGGGUUGUCAUGGGGCUGACCCAAACCUUCCUCCCCCUGACCCAUAGAGACCCCACUGCCCAUCUAUGGGGGGUUGUGGGGCUGGGGUUGUAAUGGAGCUGACCCAAAUCUUCACCCCCCCUUACCCAUAGAGACCCCACUGCCCAUCUAUGGGGGGCUCUGGGGCUGGGGUUGUGGGGUGUGGGGUUCUAUGAGGGGGUUGGGGUAUCACAGUGGGUCAGUGGGAUGCUCUGAGGUCAGUGGGGGGCUCCAAUGUUAAUGGAGUGGGGGCUCCAGGGUCUGUGGGAUGUCCUCAGCCUGUAGAUUCCCCCCUGCACCCCCCCUGUACCCUCCCAACCCGGCACCCCCACCCCCCCCAUCAAAGAACCGGCCUCGGUUUCCCGUCCCUGCUUUCCCUUUUCAGACUGAGCUGACCCAAACGUUCACCCCCCCCAUGGUACCAUAGUGACCCCACUGCCCAUCUAUGGGGGGUUGUGGGGCUGGGGUUGUAAUGGAGCUGACCCAAACCUUCCCUCCCCUGA